AUGACCACAGUGAGAGACUUUGUACUCUGGGGGAUUUCUGAAGACCCUGAGCAGCAAAAACUCCUGUUUAGUCUCUUCUCACUCAUGUACACCAUAACCUUGGUCGGCAACCUGGGCCUCAUCUUUCUCAUCAGAAUCUACCCCAAGCUCCACACCCCCAUGUAUUUCUUUCUUAGCAACCUUUCCUUCCUUGAUUCUUGCUACUCUUCAGUCACAGCUCCCAGAAUGCUGGCAGAUUUGCUCUCCAAGGACAAAGUAAUUUCUUUUUCUGGGUGUAUGACACAGCUUGGCUUGUUCAUUGUCUUUGCCACUGCAGAACUUUACCUCUUGGCCUCCAUGGCUUAUGAUCGCUAUGUCGCCAUCUGUAACCCACUGCUUUACCCUGUACUCAUGUCCUCUUGGGCCUGCACUACCCUUGUGAUUGCUUGCUAUAUUGCUGGGAUCAUCAAUUCUUUGACAGUAACGAGUUCUAUAUCCAGGCUCUCCUUCUGCAGGGCCAGCAUGGUCAAGAGCUUCUUCUGUGACAUUCGGCCACUGCUGGCUCUAUCUUGCUCUGACACAGAGGUCUGUAAUAUCCUGGUCUUUGCCUUUGGGGCCUUUAUCCAGAUGAGCUCACUACUUGUAAUUGUGGUCUCUUAUACAUUCAUCAUCACUGCCAUUAUGAGAAUCCGUCUUGCUGAAGGCAAACGCAAAGCUUUUUCCACCUGUGCCUCCCAUUUGACUGCUGUCAGCCUGUUCUAUGGGACACUUAUAUUCAUGUAUUUACGGCCUACUUCCAACUCUGCCUCAAAUCAGGACCAAGUGGUCUCUAUCUUUUAUACAAUGGUCAUACCUAUGUUGAAUCCUAUUAUCUAUAGUCUGAGGAACCAGGAAGUGAAACAGGCCCUGAAGAAGAUCCUAUAUAAGGACUCUCCUAUCCAGGCAUAA